GCGGCCGGCCCCGGCGUUCCCGGGUCGGCUUCGGGCUCGGGGCUGCAGGGCGGCGAUUGCAGCGGGCAGCGGGCGCCUGAGUCAUGGACUUCCCCUGGCCCCUCCUCCACCACUCCCACUCCCGCGCCGGGCCCCCCCGCAGGGGCUAGCGUUCGCGCCGCGGCUCCAAGGGGGUGGGGCUGCUGGGAAUGGCUGUGCCCCCUUCGGCUCCUCUGCCGUGCUCGCCCUUUUACCUGAGGACCCAGGCGCCGUGCCCGCAGUGCUCAUGGGGCAUGGAGGAGAAGGCGGUGGCCAGUGCGGGCUGCCGGGAACCGCCGGGCCCCCCGAGGGCCGCCGCCGUCCCGUGCUUCGGCAUUUCGGUAGACCAGGACGACAUCCUCCCGGGCGCCCUGCGCCUCAUCCAGGAGCUGCGGCCGCAUUGGCAGCCCGAGCAAGUUCGGACCAAGCGCUUCACUGAUGGCAUCACAAACAAGCUGGUGGCCUGCUAUGUGGACGAAGACAUGCAGGACUGCGUGCUGGUCCGGGUGUACGGAGAGCGGACAGAGCUGCUGGUGGAUCGCGAGAACGAGGUCAGGAACUUCCAGCUGCUGCGUGCGCACGGCUGUGCCCCCAAGCUCUACUGCACCUUCCAGAACGGGCUGUGCUAUGAGUACAUGAGGGGCAUGGCCCUGGGGCCUGAGCACAUCCGGGAGCCCCGGCUCUUCAGGUUAAUCGCCUUAGAAAUGGCAAAGAUUCACACCAUCCAUGCCAACGGCAGCCUGCCCAAGCCCACCCUCUGGCACAAGAUGCACAAUUACUUCACCCUCGUGAAGAGCGAGGUCAACCCCAGCCUUUCUACAGACGUCCCUAAGGUCGAGGUGCUGGAACAGGAGCUGGCCUGGCUGAAGGAGCACCUGUCCCAGUUGGACUCCCCUGUGGUGUUCUGUCACAACGACCUGCUCUGUAAGAACAUCAUCUACGACAGCACCAAAGGACACGUACGGUUCAUUGACUACGAGUACGCCGGCUACAACUACCAGGCUUUCGACAUUGGCAACCACUUCAACGAGUUUGCAGGUGUGAACGAGGUGGACUACUCCCGGUACCCGGCGCGUGACACCCAGAUGCAGUGGCUGCAGUACUACCUGCAGGCCCAGAAGGGGAUGGCGGUGACCCCCAGGGAGGUGGAGAGGCUCUACGUGCAAGUCAACAAGUUUGCCCUGGCAUCUCACUUCUUCUGGGCUCUCUGGGCCCUCAUCCAGAGCCAGUUCUCCACCAUCGACUUUGACUUCCUCAGGUACGCAGUGAUCCGAUUCAACCAGUACUUCAAGGUGAAGCCUCAAGUGUGGGCCUUGGAGAUGCCAAAGUGACCAGCUCCCGUCCUCCCCUCCCACCCCCUGGCUGAGCUGUUCUCCAGGCCCCCCUCUGCUGCGGGGGCCACCCCCUUGGAGGCGGGAGAGGGGCAGGCGGGCGCCCGGGAAGAAGGCCGUGCCUGUGCCACCAGCCCCAUGGGUACUGCUGGAGAUCACAUUCCUGUUCGGACUCAGCUCUGGGGGUCCCCUUCACCUCACUAGACUUGGGGGGAAGUGCCUGUAGCCAGCCAGGACCCGGACCACAGUCAACCCUGGGAAGCCCAGCACUCCCUGCCCCAAGCCCUGCUGGCAUCGGGGCUGCCUUAGUGUCUUUGACCUUCCUGGCUUAGGGAAGGGGGGAGCGGGGAGGGCUCCUUUCUACCUCCAGUGCCCUGAGCCCCCAGUCCUUCUCCCCCUGCAUGCCCCUUGUGGGAGGUGCUGAGCCCAAACCAGCAGCAUGCCAACUCUGCCUGCUGGAUGUGCCCAUCUCGGGGAGGGGUCUAGCUUCAGGAUUGCCAGCUCCACCAGCAGCUGCCCCCCCCCCCGAGAUCCUUCACACCAAGCCGGAUCCUCAGACCACCCUCAGGCCAAGGAUGCAGCCUGCCCCUCGGUGCCCCUUGGGCAUGGUGCCCACGCUGUCCCACUGUGGCCUGCUGGGAGGGGAGGCGAGGGAGUGGUGACACCCUGGGCCCCCAGAGUCCUGCUCUGCUUGGGUCCCCACCUGCCCCCACUGCCCGGCCGCCACUUCCAAGGGCCCACAUUGGGAGUGGCCAGGGGGAAGCUGGGCGGGCUGGCCCAUGAAAGCCUGGGCAGAAUGGGCUGAAGGUGCUGGCUGAGCUCUCAAGGCCUCCAUCUCCUUUUGGAUCCCUCACAGCCCUGUGGGGCUCAUUGGUUCUGACCCACACAUUGAUUCAUUUGUAAAUUAUCGUGGUUUUCUGCAUUAAAAAUGGCCA